AUGACGGAAGUAAAUCGAGCAUUUGUUCUUCAAUCGAUUAAGAACGUCUCGUUCGAGGAUCGCCCAGUUCCUUCACUUCGUGAUGAGCACGAUGUGCGCAUCCAUGUAGAGCAGACUGGCAUCUGCGGCAGUGAUGUGCACUACUGGCAAAGAGGUCGCAUUGGUGACUUCAUCCUCCAGAGCCCAAUUGUGCUUGGCCACGAAAGUGCUGGUGUUGUUGUUGAGGUCGGUAAGAAAGUAAAGAACGUUAAGGUCGGUGACCGUGUGGCAAUUGAGCCUGGCGUGCCCUGCCGGCGAUGCGACUUUUGUCGGUCAGGCGCGUACAACCUUUGUGAGGACACAGUCUUCGCAGCUACACCCCCUCAUGAUGGCACACUGCAAAAGUACUACACUGUCGCUUCUGACUACGUCUAUCCUAUUCCCGAGCAUAUGUCUGCCGAGGAUGGUGCUCUAGUAGAACCGGUCGCAGUUGCGGUUCAGAUCGUCAAGGUGGCCGACCUCCGUGCUGGACAAAGCGUUCUAGUUUUUGGCUGUGGACCUAUUGGUGUCCUAUGCCAGGCUGUAGCCAAGGCUUCCGGUGCUAGCAAAGUCAUUGGCGUGGACAUUUCCGAGUCUCGAGCACAGUUUGCACGAGAUUUUGCGGCCGAUGGUGUCUAUGUGUCGAACACCAGCGCCCCUGAAGGAACAGAUCCCGUGGAUGCGGCUCGUGCAGUGGGCGAGAAAAUUGUAGCUGAAUUUGGACUUGGCGAAGGAGCAGACGUUGUGCUGGAGUGCACUGGUGCAGAACCGUGUAUCCAAGCAGGGAUUUUUGCUGCUAAGAAAGGUGGCACGUAUGUUCAGGCGGGAAUGGGUAGAGAAAAUGUUACUUUCCCCAUCACGACAGCAUGCAUUCGGGCCCUAAAUAUCAAAGGCUCUAUCCGCUACUCUACUGGAUGUUAUCCCCAGGCUGUUAAGUUGAUCGCCAGCGGAAAGAUUCAGCCAAGCAAGCUUAUUACCCAUCGUUUUAAGUUCGAGCAGGCGGUUGAUGCAUUUGAGCUGAUCCAUCCCCUGAAGCCAUUGCAAGCCGCUAAGAAGAUCGCAAUCAUGGUUCUCGCUGAACAUCCGAAUCCCACUGCUCCAGUGCUGUCACACUUCUCCCUCGAUGGAAAAACAGCACUCGUGACUGGUGGCUCCCGAGGCAUUGGCCAACAAGUCGUUGUUGGGUUUCUUGAGGCCGGCGCUUCGGUUGGCUUUACCUACUCAUCAACCUCCACGAACGAGGUAUCAUCGCUAGUCAAGUCACUAUCAUCUGCGCACCCAGGCCGUACUAUCAAGGCCUAUCAGUGUAACGUCACAGACCGCGCUUCCGUUGUUGCUGUCACAGAGCAGGCAGCUAAGGAUCUUGGGGGGCUCGACAUCGUGGUUGCGAAUGCUGGUAUUGCAGACCAUAUUCCUGCAGAGGACUACCCCGAAGACAAGUUCAGAAAGAUACUUGAUGUGAACUUCCAUGGGGCUUUCUGGACAGCACAGGCUGCUGCCAAUGUCAUGAAGGGCUCGAAGACGAGAGGAAGCAUUAUCUUCACCGCCAGUGUCAGCGGCAUUCUUGUGAAUGUGCCACAGAAACAGGCCGCUUACAAUGCCAGCAAGGCAGGUGUGAUUCAUCUGGCCAAGAGUCUGGCCGUUGAAUGGACAGAUUUUGCGAGAGUCAACUGCGUGUCGCCAGGGUUCAUUGCAACCGAGAUGCUAGAUGUGCACCCCAAGGAGUGGAGAGAUAAAUGGUUUGGCAUGAUCCCAGCUUCGCGAUUAUGUCAAACCUCCGAGCUGAAAGGCUCGUACGUAUACCUCGCCAGCGAUGCGAGCAGCUAUAUGACUGGUAUGCACCAGAACUAUCCCAGCUACUUCCAGAUGCUAAUAGAGGGUUAG